AUGAGUAAUUUUGAAAAGGUUGAGGCAUUUGGACAAUUGCCCCAAGCCAGAUUUGGACACACGAUAACAUACAUAGCAAAGGGCAAGGCGAUAUUAUUCGGAGGGGCAACAGGAGACACAGGGAAAUAUAGUAUUACAGGAGAUACAUUCUCGUUCGACAUGUAAAGCAAAUAAUGGAAGAGAAAAAGAGUAGUGUAGGGUACAGCACCAUCUCCUCGAGCAGCACAUUCAGCAGUGUGUGUUGAUAUAAAUUAAAUCGUGAUUUAUGGAGGAGCCACAGGAGGUGGCAGUUUGGCAUCAGAUGACCUCUAUUUAUUGGAUCUGAGAUCGAACGACGAUUUAGGCUAAUGGACAGUCGUGCCAGUUGUGGGAACUACACCAGGCAGGAGGUAUGGACACACUCUAACCUUUACAAAACCAUUCCUGAUAGUCUUUGGAGGCAAUACAGGACAGGAGCCAGUCAACGAUUGCUGGUGUGUUAAUGUAGAGAAGAGUCCCAUCACUUGGGUGAGAUUGGAAUGCAAAUCAGAAUAGCCAUUGGCACGAGUAUAUCAUUCAGCUAGCAUUUGCACUAAUGGCAGUGCUAAUGGGAUGGUUGUGGCAUUUGGAGGACGUUCAAAUGAUCAAUAAGCAUUGAACGAUGCCUGGGGAUUGAGAAGACAUCGAGAUGGAAGAUGGGAUUGGGUCAAAGCUCCUUAUAAAAUUGACAAAGAAUAGCCAGUUGGCAGAUAUCAACACACUACAUUGUUCGUUUACAGCAUGCUCGUUGUUAUUGGGGGUAGAACUGGAAAUGUUGGAGAGACCUUAACCAUUGAUGUUUAUGACACUGAAACAUCAGAGUGGUCUAAAUUCAAUAGCAUUUAGAGAUUCAGACAUUCCUCAUGGUUAGUAGACACAAGUAUCUUUGUCUACGGAGGAUUUGAAUUAGAUUCACCUAACAUCCCAACUGAUAUCAUUUCUAAGAUCAAUUUAAAUAGAUUACUAUUGCCAAGUGAAACUUUAACUAAUAAAUUAGCAUAAUAUCAACAUGCUUAAAGAAAUGUAUCACCUCAAUCAUUAUCGCCUUAAAUGACUCCCAUAUCACCAGAUACUUAGGCAUCCCCUUUGAAUAGUUCCUUGAUUCAAAAGAAACCAGGUUAAACCGCUUAGAAUACUCAAAAAUAAUAGAAACCAUUUGCUUAAAAUUAAACUGAUAAAUCACAGUUUAAAUUUAUCAAUUAGGCUGUUGUUGCUGAAGAAAGUAGGGAUUCUAAAGCCCCUAAUAGAAAACCAAGAGUGCCCUAAAGUGCAUAAGAAAAUAAUAUUGCUCAUCUAUUCAUAAGCACCUUAUUAUAGCCUAAGACUUUCAUCAAUAUCUCUGAAAAUGCUAAGUUUUUAUUCCAGGCUUAACAUAUACUUAUGUUAUGUGACUAAGCAGAAGCAGUUCUAAAGGAACAACCUAUGGUGUUAAGAUGCAAAGCUCCAAUAAAGAUUUUUGGAGAUAUUCAUGGAUAAUAUUCAGAUCUAAUGAGAUUCUUUGAUUUGUGGGGAUCUCCAUUUGUAGAUGGCAAAGAUAGCGACAUAGAAGCAUUUGAUUAUUUGUUUCUGGGAGAUUUUGUGGAUAGAGGUAAUCAUUCUUUGGAAACCAUUUGUUUAUUGUUGGCUUUAAAGGUAAGAUUUCCAGAAUCAAUUCAUUUGAUUAGAGGAAAUCAUGAAGACAAGUGGAUUAACAAUGGAUUUGGAUUUUCAGAGGAAUGUGCUUAGAGAUUAGGCGAGGAUCCUAAUGAUGAAGAUUCAGUAUUUGCAAGAGUCAAUAGACUUUUUGAAUGGUUGCCAUUGGCUGCCAUAGUUGAGGACAAGAUCAUUUGUCUUCAUGGAGGAAUAGGCAGUCAAUUAAAUUAUGUGGCUGAAAUAGAGAAUCUGUAAAGACCUUUGGAAGUGAUUCAUGAAGUCACUACACCAGAACAAUAAUUAGUAGUUGAUAUUUUAUGGUCAGAUCCUACUGAUACAGAUUAAGACUUUGGAAUCUAACCAAAUAUUAUUAGGGAUCCUGCAGGUACUGGAAAUAUAGUAAAAUUUGGACCAGAUAGAGUUAUAAAUUUCCUUAUUAAAAAUAAUCUUUCUCUUAUUAUUCGUGCUCAUGAAUGUGUUAUGGAUGGCUUUGAGAGAUUCGCUGGAGGUCAAUUACUAACUGUUUUCAGUGCAACAGAUUAUUGUGGUAGACACAAGAAUGCAGGUGCCGUGCUUAUUCUUAAAAGAAACUUAGAGAUUGUGCCAAAAUUGAUAUACCCCUAAAAUCUGAAUGCUCACAAUUGGAUUGAGGAUGAGGAAGCAUUAAAGAAGAGACCACCUACACCACCUCGUUGGAAAAAUUAAGGUCAACGUAGAAGUUAUGAUUGACUUUUAUGUAAUCGUUUUAUUCAUAAAUUUUGUAAAAAA